GCUACGUAUCGUCAGUAACGCGCCAGCGUGGAAAGUGAGUAACAGUCGAGAUCGCGACAGAACUAACGACGUCAGAUUAGUCCGAAAAUGUGGCCGUUAAUGUUCGUGACAACCUUGGCAUUAAGUAGUGCUAUAGCAGAGACAGUGAAUCUACCGCGCAAUGAUUCGGAAUGGCAAUACAGCUUCGGUGUUGAUUACGAGAAUAAUCAGUUCCUGUUGGAUGGCAAACCUUUCCGAUAUGUUUCCGGCAGUUUCCAUUAUUUUCGAGCACCUCGACAGUAUUGGAGAGAUCGUUUAAGGAAAAUGCGCGCUGCAGGACUUAAUGCUAUCUCUACCUAUGUUGAAUGGAGUCUUCACGAACCGGAACCAGGUCAGUUUAACUGGGUCGGCGACGCAGAUCUAGUAGAAUUUUUAAAUAUUGCGCAAGAGGAAGACUUGCUCGUAUUGUUGCGACCGGGCCCAUAUAUUUGCGCAGAAAGAGAUUUGGGUGGCUUACCUUAUUGGUUGCUUCGUGACGAGCCGAAUAUACGGUUACGCACAAAAGAUGUAGCUUUCAUGAAACACGCUACGUCAUAUUUAAAUCAGGUAUUAGAAAAAAUAAAGCCGCUUCUAAGAGGCAAUGGAGGACCGAUAAUCAUGGUUCAGGUAGAGAACGAAUACGGCAGUUACAAAGCUUGCGAUACGGAUUAUACGGAUAUGUUGAAGGACAUUAUAAUUGAAAAAAUUGGCAACAAAGCUCUCUUGUACACAACUGACGGUGCAUCCGCAUCCUUACUUCGUUGCGGAUUCGUACCUGGUGCAUAUGCCACUGUCGACUUCGGGACAUCUGUUAAUAUCACCAACAGUUUUCAGUCCAUGCGUCUUUAUCAACCACGAGGCCCGUUGGUGAACUCUGAAUUUUACCCAGGAUGGUUAACGCAUUGGGGGGAAGCGUUUCAGCGAAUAAAAACCGAGGCUGUCACGAGGACAUUGAGGGAAAUGCUUGAUGUAGGUGCCUCCGUUAAUAUUUAUAUGUUUUACGGCGGCACAAACUUUGGUUUCACUUCUGGAGCUAAUGGCGGCGCAGGUGCUUACAGUCCACAAUUGACUUCUUAUGAUUAUGACGCUCCUUUGACCGAAGCUGGAGAUCCAACAGAUAAAUAUUAUGCCAUAAGAGAUGUUAUUGGUCAGUAUUUGCCAUUGCCGAACAUGACUCUGCCGGUCGCAUCACCAAAGGGCAAUUACGGUCCAGUAUUAUUGGAACCGAUACAGAAGUUACUCGACAGUCAGUCUCCAUUUGUGGUGAGUCUGGCGACCGGCGAGCAACCUAAAACCUUCGAGGCUCUCUCUGUGAAUCAAGGAUUUGUGCUUUACGAGACGGACUUGCCGUCUUCUAUCUCAGAUCCAGCUAUACUGCGAGCGAAAACGAGUGACAGAGCACUGGUUUACGUGGAUAAUCGGCUAUGCGGUACUCUGAGUCGCAUAGAUAAGAUAUUUACUAUACCAUUAGAAAGCCCGUAUGGUCGUCGCCUGAAUUUAUUGGUGGAGAAUCAAGGACGCUUGAAUUUCGGCAACGAAAUCCACGAUUUUAAGGGUAUAUCAAACGUGACUAUUAGCGGAAUUUCACUAUCCAAUUGGACUAUGACCGGAUAUGCAUUUUCUGACAUAUCCUCUCUGCGGAACUUGACGACUGUAAAUAUAGAGAGCGGAACUCUGAACAAUGGUCCAGUAUUCCUGCGUGGGCACUUUACAAUUAACGGACAACCGCUAGACACGUAUUUGGAUACUACUGGCUGGGGAAAAGGAGUAGCCUUUGUAAAUGGCUACAAUCUCGGCAGAUACUGGCCUUUAGUCGGCCCGCAAAUAACCCUGUACGUUCCAGCUCCGUAUCUUCGUACAGGCGAGAACGAAUUGAUUAUAUUGGAACUGGAAUACGUGUCGCAGACGAGAAAGAUGAAGUUUCAAGCCGUACCAAACUUGGGCACAGCAUCGCUGAAUUUAAAUAGUUAAACAAUUCAUUCAACUCAAUUUCGAAAUCAACGUUAAAAAAUAUGUGCAUGGAACAACGUGUAUUUAUAGAUUGGCACCUAAAGUGUACGUAUCCAUAAAAUACAUUCAACUCAUACAUAAUUACAAUUAACAAAAAAGAGCAUAAAAUAAAUCAUCCGCCUUGUAUCUUCCUGUAUUAUAUUACUUAAUCGUUUUUGUUUAAUUGUUUUAUAUUUAAAGUUAACUUAUACUUACAAACUUGUAAAAAGUAUAAUUAUAAUAUAAUAAAACUAAACUUUUGUUUCAA